GGGGUCGGAGGUCGCGGGGCGGGGCCAGCGUCGGUUGCCGCCUUAGCGGGCGCCUGGUUUUCAUCCCUCAUCGUUCAUCCCCGGCGUUCGCGCUCUAGCGGAGUGGGAGCUGCGAACACGUGAGGCGGGGGCGCGGUCCCCAGGCUGCCGAGAUGGCCCUGAGCGACGAACCGGCCGCGGGCGGCCCCGAGGAGGAGGCGGAGGACGAGACACUGGCCUUUGGCGCGGCGCUGGAAGCGUUCGGCGAGAGCGCGGAGACCCGGGCGCUGCUGGGCCGCCUGCGGGAGGUGCACGGCGGCGGCGCGGAGCGCGAGGUGGCCCUGGAGCGGUUCCGCGUAAUAAUGGACAAAUACCAGGAGCAGCCUCAUCUGUUGGACCCACACCUUGAAUGGAUGAUGAACUUGUUGUUGGACAUAGUGCAAGAUCAGACAUCUCCAGCUUCCCUUGUACAUCUGGCUUUUAAAUUUCUUUACAUCAUCACCAAGGUUCGAGGCUAUAAAACAUUUCUUCGUUUAUUUCCUCACGAAGUUGCUGAUGUAGAGCCUGUUUUAGAUUUGGUCACAAUUCAGAAUCCCAAGGACCAUGAAGCUUGGGAAACCCGCUACAUGCUUUUGCUCUGGCUCUCUGUGACCUGCCUGAUCCCUUUUGAUUUUUCUCGCCUUGACGGGAACCUCCUCACCCAGCCUGGGCAAACACGAAUGUCCAUAAUGGACCGUAUUCUCCAAAUAGCAGAGUCCUACUUGAUUGUCAGUGACAAGGCCCGAGAUGCAGCUGCCGUCCUUGUGUCCCGAUUUAUCACACGUCCUGAUGUCAAGCAAAGCAAGAUGGCUGAGUUCCUGGACUGGAGCCUGUGCAACCUGGCCCGUUCCUCCUUCCAGACCAUGCAGGGGGUCAUCACCAUGGAUGGGACGCUGCAGGCUCUGGCACAAAUAUUUAAACAUGGAAAACGUGAAGACUGUUUGCCCUAUGCUGCCACUGUCCUCAGGUGCCUCGAUGGCUGCAGACUCCCUGAGAGCAACCAGACCCUGCUGCGGAAGCUGGGGGUGAAGCUUGUGCAGCGACUGGGGCUGACAUUCCUGAAGCCGAAGGUGGCAGCAUGGAGGUACCAGCGUGGCUGCCGAUCUUUGGCUGCAAAUCUGCAGCUCCUCACUCAGGGUCAGAGUGAGCAGAAGCAGCUCAUCCUGACCGAAGAUGACGACGAUGGCGACGUCCCAGAGGGGGUGGAGCGUGUGAUAGAGCAGCUGCUGGUCGGGCUGAAGGACAAGGACACUGUCGUGCGGUGGUCUGCAGCCAAGGGCAUCGGUAGGAUGGCUGGCAGGCUUCCCAGAGCCCUGGCGGAUGAUGUGGUCGGGUCUGUGCUGGACUGCUUCAGUUUCCAGGAGACUGACAAGGCGUGGCACGGGGGAUGUCUGGCGCUGGCGGAGCUGGGCAGGAGAGGCCUGUUGCUGCCGUCUCGACUCGUGGAUGUUGUCGCCGUGAUCCUGAAGGCGCUGACCUACGACGAGAAGCGGGGUGCCUGCAGCGUGGGCACCAACGUCAGGGACGCCGCCUGCUACGUGUGCUGGGCCUUCGCGCGUGCCUACGAGCCUCAGGAGCUGAAGCCCUUUGUGACUGCAAUCUCGAGUGCACUGGUGAUCGCUGCGGUGUUUGACCGAGACAUAAAUUGCAGAAGAGCAGCCUCUGCUGCCUUCCAGGAGAAUGUGGGGAGACAGGGCACUUUCCCUCAUGGUAUUGAUAUUUUGACCACAGCUGACUAUUUUGCCGUCGGUAACAGAUCCAACUGUUUCCUGGUUAUAAGUGUGUUUAUUGCUGGCUUUCCUGAGUACACCCAGCCAAUGAUAGACCACCUGGUUACCAUGAAGAUCAACCACUGGGAUGGGGUCAUCCGAGAGCUGGCUGCGAAGGCGCUGCACAACCUGGCCCAGCAAGCACCCGAGUUCAGCGCCACGCAAGUCUUCCCGAGGCUGCUGUCCAUGACACUGAGUCCAGAUCUUCACACGAGGCAUGGGUCGAUUCUCGCCUGCGCAGAAGUUGCUUACGCCUUGUACAAACUUGCAGCCCAAGAGAACAGGCCCGUCACGGACCAUCUGGACGAGCAGGCAGUGCAGGGCCUGAAGCAGAUUCACCAGCAGCUCUAUGAUCGUCAGUUAUACAGGGGUCUGGGAGGACAGCUCAUGAGACAAGCAGUGUGCGUUUUAAUAGAAAAGUUGUCACUUUCCAAAAUGCCCUUUAGAGGUGACACCGUAAUUGAUGGUUGGCAAUGGCUGAUAAAUGACACUUUGAGACAUCUCCAUCUCAUCUCAAGUCACUCCCGCCAGCAGAUGAAGGAUGCAGCGGUCUCGGCCCUGGCUGCUCUAUGCAGUGAAUAUUACAUGAAGGAGCCGGGGGAGGCAGAUCCCGCAAUUCAGGAGGAGCUGAUCACGCAGUACCUGGCUGAGCUUCGGAACCCCGAGGAGAUGACUCGCUGUGGCUUCUCGUUGGCCUUGGGCGCCCUUCCAGGCUUCCUUCUGAAAGGCCGGCUCCAGCAGGUUCUCACAGGUUUAAGAGCAGUUACCCACACUUCCCCCGAGGACGUAAGUUUUGCUGAGUCCAGGAGAGAUGGCUUGAAGGCCAUUGCUAGGAUUUGCCAGACUGUCGGUGUGAAAGCAGGAGCCCCAGACGAAGCUGUGUGCAGAGAGAAUGUUUCCCAGAUUUACUGUGCGCUGCUGGGCUGCAUGGACGACUACACCACGGACAGCAGAGGGGAUGUGGGCACCUGGGUCCGCAAGGCCGCCAUGACCAGUCUGAUGGAUCUGACACUUCUGCUGGCUCGGAGCCAGCCUGAGCUGAUCGAGGCCCAUAUCUGUGAGCGCAUCAUGUGCUGUGUGGCCCAGCAGGCCAGUGAGAAGAUUGACCGUUUCCGUGCUCACGCUGCCAGCGUGUUCCUGACGCUCCUGCACUUUGACAGCCCUCCCAUCCCCCACGUGCCCCACCGAGGAGAACUGGAAAAGCUGUUUCCCAGGUCCGACGUGGCCUCCGUGAACUGGAGUGCACCUUCCCAGGCCUUCCCACGCAUCACCCAGCUCCUUGGGCUGCCCACCUACCGCUACCACGUCCUGCUGGGGCUAGUCGUGUCCCUGGGCGGCUUGACAGAGUCGACGAUCCGGCACUCCACCCAGAGCCUCUUUGAGUACAUGAAGGGCAUUCAGAGCGACCCGCAGGCCCUGGGCAGCUUCAGCGGGACCCUUCUGCAGAUCUUUGAGGACAACCUUCUGAAUGAGAGGGUGUCCGUGCCGCUGCUGAAGACGCUGGACCACGUGCUCACCCACGGCUGCUUCGAUAUCUUCACCACGGAGGAGGACCACCCCUUUGCUGUGAAGUUGCUUGCGCUUUGUAAGAAAGAAAUCAAGAAUUCAAAAGAUAUCCAGAAGCUCCUGUCAGGCAUCGCAGUGUUCUGCGGGAUGGUGCAGUUCCCCGGCGACGUGAGGAGGCAGGCCCUCCUGCAGCUGUGUCUGCUCCUCUGCCACCGUUUCCCGCUGAUCCGGAAGACCACGGCCAGCCAGGUGUACGAGACAUUGCUCACCUACAGUGACGUCGUGGGCGCGGACGUGCUGGACGAGGUGGUGACUGUGCUCAGUGACACCGCGUGGGACGCAGAGCUUGCAGUGGUGAGAGAGCAGCGCAACCGUCUGUGUGACCUUCUGGGCGUGCCCAGGCCCCAGCUGGUGCCCCAGCUAACGGUGGAGGAAGGCACAACAACAGUGCCACCGAGGUGCCCUGAGACCCGCAAGCUGCUCCCGCCAAACGGAAUCGCAGGGGAGCCUGAUGCGGCCUCGGUCUGACCACCUCUCAAUAGGAUGGAGCAGAACACGCAAAACCACAGGGAACCGGUCGGCAGAGCGCAGGAUACACAAGCCCAUUCUUCAGCUGAACUAAGAAAAGAGCGUCGGCGUCGGGGAGACAGAAAGGUCAUGUCGUAAAGAUCACACAGACGCUGCCGGGUUCCAGCAAGCAAACUUAAAACAUGAAGCAAUUUAUAAGGCAAUUAGGAAGAUUUGAACAUCGAUGGGAUAUUUGGAAUUCUGUGGUGGGAUGGUGGUUUUUAUCUCCUUGAGAUAUAUCAGGAAAACAAUAAUGCAUGAAAUUAGGCUAGAAUGAGUGCCACAACACCAGCGUGGGGAUUUGGAGGCGUGGAGGACACAUAAGGUGGACACGCUGGCUCCAGGGAUGGGUACAUAGGGCUGGUUUCCUGUCACUUUGCUAAUAUGGCUCAAAUAAGCUGGAAAUUUCCCUGAAUAAAAAAGUCACAGCAA